GCCGCGCCGCGCGAGCCCCAUCCCGGAAGUGCUCACGGGUCGCCUCCAUGCGCCGGCUCCUGGGCGUCAAGCCUGGGCGCGAGGCUCAGAAGACAGGCAGUGCGGACGCGGAGGGCCCUGCCUGGCGGCCGUGAGCCGCGGCGUCCCCGGGACCAGCCCCGGCCAGCAUGCUGCUCCUGCCGAGCGCCGCGGAGGGCCAGGGCACCGCCAUCACCCGCGCUCUGACCUCCGCCUCUUCAGUCUGUCAAGUUGAACCUGUGGGAAGAUGGUUUGAAGCUUUUGUUAAGAGGAGAAACAGAAAUGCUUCUACAUCUUUUCAGGAGCUGGAAGAUAAGAAAGAGUUGUCAGAGGAAUCGGAAGAUGAAGAGUUACAGUUGGAAGAGUUCCCCAUGCUGAAAACACUUGAUCCCAAAGACUGGAAGAAUCAAGAUCAUUAUGCAGUUCUUGGACUUGGCCACGUCAGAUACAAAGCUACACAGAGACAAAUCAAAGCAGCUCAUAAAGCAAUGGUCUUGAAACAUCAUCCAGACAAACGGAAAGCGGCUGGGGAGCCCAUCAAAGAAGGGGACAAUGACUACUUCACUUGUAUAACUAAGGCGUAUGAAAUGUUGUCUGAUCCAGUGAAAAGGCGGGCAUUUAACAGUGUAGAUCCUACUUUUGACAACUCAGUUCCUUCUAAAAGUGAAGCUAAGGACAAUUUUUUUCAAGUGUUUUCUCCAGUGUUUGAAAGGAAUUCCAGAUGGUCAAAUAAAAAAAAUGUUCCCAAACUUGGUGAUAUGAACUCCUCGUUUGAAGAUGUAGAUGCGUUUUAUUCUUUCUGGUAUAAUUUUGAUUCUUGGAGAGAAUUUUCUUAUUUAGAUGAAGAAGAAAAAGAAAAAGCAGAAUGUCGUGAUGAGAGGAAAUGGAUUGAAAAGCAGAACAGAGCCACCAGGGCACAAAGGAAAAAGGAAGAGAUGAACAGAAUAAGAACAUUAGUUGAUAAUGCUUACAGUUGUGACCCAAGGAUAAAAAAGUUUAAGGAAGAAGAAAAGGCCAAGAAAGAAGCAGAAAAGAAAGCAAAAGCAGAAGCCAGGCGGAAGGAACAGGAAGCCAAAGAAAAGCAAAGACAAGCUGAAUUAGAAGCUGUUCGGUUGGCUAAGGAGAAAGAAGAGGAAGAAGUUAGACAGCAAGCAUUGUUGGCCAAGAAGGAAAAAGAUAUCCAGAAGAAAGCCAUUAAAAAGGAAAGGCAGAAACUUCGGAACUCGUGCAAGAGCUGGAAUCACUUCUCAGACAAUGAGGCAGAUCGUGUUAAAAUGAUGGAAGAGGUGGAAAAACUCUGUGAUCGGCUUGAACUAGCAAGCUUACAGGGCUUGAAUGAAAUACUGGCUUCAUCUACGAGAGAAGUAGGAAAAGCUGCACUUGAAAAACAGAUAGAAGAAGUAAAUGAGCAGAUGAGGAGAGAGAAGGAGGAAGCUGAUGCUCGGAUGCGGCAAGCAUCUAAGAAUGCAGAGAAGUCAACUGGUGGAAGUGGGAGUGGCAGUAAAAAUUGGUCAGAAGAUGAUCUGCAAUUAUUAAUUAAAGCUGUCAAUCUCUUCCCUGCUGGGACAAACUCAAGAUGGGAAGUCAUUGCUAAUUAUAUGAAUAUACAUUCUUCUUCUGGUGUCAAAAGAACUGCCAAAGAUGUUAUUAGCAAGGCUAAAAGCCUCCAAAAACUUGACCCUCAUCAAAAAGAUGACAUUAACAAAAAGGCUUUUGAUAAGUUUAAAAAAGAACAUGGAGUGGCCUCUCAGGCUGACAGUGCGGCGCCAUCAGAACGGUUUGAAGGUCCCUGCAUAGAUUCUACCCCUUGGACAACAGAAGAACAGAAACUUUUAGAACAGGCUUUGAAAACAUACCCAGUAAAUACUCCUGAAAGAUGGGAAAAGAUAGCCGAAGCUGUUCCUGGCAGGACGAAGAAGGACUGCAUGAGGCGAUACAAGGAACUUGUGGAGAUGGUGAAAGCAAAGAAAGCUGCUCAGGAGCAAGUGCUGAAUGCAAGCAGGGCCAGGAAGUAAUGCAGGCAGGCCUGGCUGUGUGUGCACUUUUAUAAUAAAACUGAAAAUACUGUACA